AUGCAGAAAAAUUCCGAAAGAUCCCAAGCGAAAAAGCGACCUCCUGUUCCUUGCAUCUUCGAUGAGCUAUCCGCUGAGCUGAGAUUUGAAAUAUUCUCAUACUUAUCCUUCGAAGAAGUCUUGAAUUUAAGGCUUGUAUGUCGUAGCCUCGCUCUCGCCGCUGCCGUUGGUGCGCUUCCAAGGGCAUAUUGGCGGAGUAGGUUCCUCCCUGGCCAAGAUGCAGCCUUUAUUGGUCAAGAUGCAGCCUUUAUUGGCAUGACAUUUAACAAAUCUCAAGACUGGGCGCGGCUUUUCAUGUGGAUCAAAGUUUGUUGUAAAAACAGAACUUCAAACGUGGGAACUCGACACAGAAUUUGGAAUUGGUUGGAACCCAUCGCAGCUCUUGCGCAACUGGAGAAUAAAUUAAGCGGGCCCCACGGAUCAGUAUACUAUGGGGACGAAAGCAACCAAGGUGGUUUUCGAGGUCACCUUGAUCUGAGCCUCAACCACAAGUAUGUGCCCCCAAGUCUGCAAAUGAGGAAGCUUUUUUCCGGUUCGGUAAGCGCCCUUCGCAUGGAAAGACCUACCUGCGGGCCCUUGCAAGAGGGAUGUCGUGCGCUCUACCACAGAGCACGAUCACUGGUGCCCCAGGAUGGGGCAAAUGAACCAAUCGGUAUUUCCAUCGUUCAGCUCAGUGGACGGAAAUUCAUAGCAGGAAUUAUGUUUCCGGGACCGGAGAACAACGCUACUGAUCGCGCUAUUGGUUUUCAUAUCCCAUCUUCCCAGAAGUUGGUAAAUGUACCACACACCACUGCCUUGCGAGCUAUCUGGGUGGCAUUCAUACCAGAAGGGCUCACGGGAAUCAAAUUUGUGUUCAGGGACCGAAGUUCAUCCAAUUGGGUCGGUGAAACCAACUAUUCCGGCACCGUCUUUGGCACCCUCUCUAUACAUGAUGGUCCUGAUUGGCCUUAUCUGCUUGCUGGCUUGGAUUAUUUCAAGAUAGUUUCGCUAGGCCUGAGCAAAAUUGAGGGCUGUCCUGCAGACGACGUGCCUGACACAUCCGGUAAAUUGUCAUCCUUUUCACCAUACCCCUCGAAUGAAAUUGACUGGAACUGA